AUGUUGUUGUCAAUUUUAGAGCACACCAAUAAAGUGAACCCUUUACAAAGAAGAGCACCAAGCUGGGGUGUUUACCGAAGGCGAUACACCUAUUGGUCUGAACAGGUCAUUUCCCAGCAGCAGCAAGAUAGAGAUUCAGAAGAAAGUGAUGCUUGUAUGGACAACCAAGCAAGAUAUGCUCGCUGUGAACUUCCAUCCCAUCAUUGGAGAAGUAGUUUUCAGAAACAAGACCAAAUGCAUAUUUACAUGGAGACAAAACAAAAGCCUCCAGAAAAAAGAAUGGGGAGAAACAGACAGGAUGAGACAUUGGGGAGCUGGUUCAAGAUCAUAAUUCCCUUUGGUAUAAAAUAUGAUGAGAAGUGGCUGCUGAAUUUGAUUCAGAAGAAGUGCAGUGUCCCCUUCACUGCAUUCGAAUUUCACUAUGAGAAAAUGCAGGCCCAGUUCUUUGUAGAGAAUGCCAACAUUGCCUGUGCAUUGAAGAAUAUCAAUGGCAAGAUUUUCAAUGAGGUUAAUGAAAAGAUACUUAUCUUGGUUGAGCCCUGUGACGCACCCCAGUCUGUGCAGAAGGCACUGACAUCUGAAAAGGUGGAGCAGAUAAAGCUCACCAUGAACGAACCAUACAAUGCCUGCCAGCAAUCUCUUGACAUCCAGAGACUCCGUUUUGGUCCUGACUUGAUGAUGUGUGAUAUUAGAAUGACAUGGAACCAUAGAAAUAGCAUGGCUGCUUCCCUGCACAUCCAUCCAGGGAUCAGGCCCAUGGUGAAGAUUGCAGGGGAGAUGGACAAGGGUCAUCAGCUGGAACCAGAAGGGAUGUGUGCAGACAGAAAUGCUGUGUGCACCACCUUCCGUGAUAAGUCAACCAACAUGAGCACCCUCCUGGAGUUGUUCCCCAGGUUACUAAGCUUGGAUGGCCAGGAGACACUCUCAGGAUCUAAGUGUGCUAUUGAAGUACCCAAGUGCUUACCAAUGUGCAAGGUGAACACAGAGGAUCCAGCAGUGUUCUAG